UUACUGCGCGGGUGUGUGGAAGGAGGGGGGGAGGGGGUCCCGCGUGGGCUCCACCGUUACCACGGCGGGUAUAUAGGCGGGCGGGAGGUGGCGCGGGCGAGUGACAGUGUGGUGGCGACAUGUGGCGGACCGAGAUCACGGUGGCCGGGGGCCUGAUGGUGGCCCUGGUGGCCUUUGUGGCGGCGGAGAGGGUGAAUUACAACGGCGCUCAGUUACUCAGAGUGUCCACUCCCACCCCGGAGGUGCGCGACAAGCUCUCCCUGCUGGAGGAACAGGAAGAUGUCGAAAAAUGGUAUCUGGGAGAGAAGGAGGUGGAUGUCUUUGUCCAAGCCGAGAAAGUGCCACAGGUCAAAGAGUCUCUGGAUAAAGAUCAGCUUGAGUACCGUGUACUCAUUGACGAUGUUCAGGAUGCCAUAGACAAAGAGAACCCCCCUCUCUCUGAGGAUGAACUCAACUUGGUUGGACGCAAAGGACACAGGAUGACCUGGCAAUAUUACCACCGGUUAGAAGACAUCCACGGCUACAUGGACUACCUGGCCCAGACCUACCCCAACCUGGUCAGUGUGCAGACUAUCGGCAAUUCUGUGGAGGGUAGGCCACUCAAAGUGAUCAAAAUAUCCUCUGGAGAACCAAACAGCAAAGCCGUCUGGAUAGAUGGAGGGACUCAUGCGAGAGAGUGGAUAUCACCAGCUUCUGUGACGUACAUCAUUAACCAGCUGGUAGAGAACAGAGACAACUAUCUAGAUGAGGUGAAAGGCAUAGACUUCCACAUCUUGCCAGUUUUGAACCCAGACGGAUACGAGUACUCGCACACUGCAGACCGGCUGUGGCGUAAGAAUCGUGGUCGCAACUACAACGGCGUGUGUGUGGGCACUGACCUCAAUCGCAACUGGGGCUACAAGUGGGGAGGGGCAGGCUCAAGCAAGGUGCCGUGUAAGGAGAUCUACGCUGGAGCACAAGCCUUUUCCGAGCCUGAAACUGCUGCUAUCUCCAACUACGUAUUAGCCAAUAAGGCCAACAUGAAGGGAUACCUGACAUUCCACAGCUACGGGCAAUACAUACUGUAUCCAUGGGGCUAUGAUCGCAAGGUACCGCCAGAUUACAUGGACCUGGCUCGUGUCGGAUAUGCAAUGGGCGAGGCCAUGCGUAAGCAGGGAGGACAUCAAUACACUGUCGGCAACAGUGCUACCACUCUCUACUCGGCAGCUGGAGGGGCAGAUGAUUGGGCCAAGGGUCAAGCAGGGGUCAAGUAUGCCUACACUGUAGAAUUGCCAGACACUGGCCGCUACGGCUUCAUCCUGCCUGCCACCUAUAUUCAGCCAGUUGCCAAGGAGGCCUUUGCCGCUGUACGGGUGUUGGCACAAGAAGUAAAAAAUACACCUUGAACUUUGUUCCUCCACUCUUGUUAUUUAUUGUAUUUAUUUGUUAGGAUGUGAAUAUUAAAUUAUAUUUUUAUAAA